GUCAUGAAUAUGUAAAAGUCAAGGAAGAAGAAGAAGAAAAACCCAAGCCCCCAUUGACCCAUUUGAUCAGAAUUCAGAUCACAUAGUUUUGGUGAGCCAUGGCUUACAUAUUGGCAAGGCCGAUCAUGCUGGCAGACCAAGUGGCAAAGACCACCGACGAGGCAAGCUUGUUCAAGCAAGAAUGCGUGGAGCUUAAGUCCAAGGCGGAGAAGCUAGCAGUGGUUCUCCGGCAGGCAGCGAGGUCCAGCUCCUGCCUCUACGAGCGGCUGACGCGGCGGAUCAUCGACGAAACGGAGCAGGUCCUUUACAAAGCACUCUCUUUGGUCCUCAAGUGCCGAGCUAACGGCCUCAUGAAGCGUUUGUUCACCAUCAUCCCCGCCGCCGCGUUCCGCAAGAUGUCAUCCCAACUCGAAAAUUCCAUUGGCGAUGUCUCAUGGCUCCUCAGCAUCUCCGCCCCCGCCGACGAUUUCUGCGAUGAUUUCCGCGACGAGUUCCUCGGCCUACCCCCUAUCGCCGCCAACGAGCCAAUCCUCUGCCUCAUUUGGGAACAGAUCACUAUACUCUACACCGGUUCGCUGGAGGACCGGAUCGACGCGGCGGCUUCCCUGGUGUCGCUGGCACGCGGCAGCGACCGUUACGGGAAUUUGAUCAUCGAGGAAGGUGGGGUUGGUCCGUUGAUGAAGGAGGGUAAGAUGGAGGGUCAAGAGAAUACCGCACGUGCCAUUGGUCUCCUCGCGCGUGACCCCAAGAGCGUCGAGCACAUGAUUCACGUGGGUGUUCUCUCGGUGUUUGCGGAAAUCCUCAGAGAAGGUCCCAUGAAAGUGCAAGCUGUUGUGGCGUGGGCUGUGUCUGAGCUUGCUGCUUAUCACCCGGAGUGUCAAGACCUUUUUGCUCAGCACAAUAUUAUAAGGUUGCUUGUUGGCCACCUUGCUUCUGAAACUGUUGAAGAGCAUAGUAAGUAUGACAUUGUUAGCCCGAAACCCCCAUCAAUCCAUGCGGUUGUGAUGGCUACUAGUAAUUUGAAGAAGGAAAAUGAAGAUUAUGACAAGCAGGGUCAUCAGCGUAACUAUUCUCCUUCGGGAAUAAACAUGAAGGGAAGGGAACUUGAAGACCCUGAGACUAAGACCAGCAUGAAGGAAAUGGCAGCUAGAGCCCUCUGGCACCUUGCUAAGGGUAACUCCCUCAUUUGUCAUAGCAUCACAGAAUCAAGGGCCCUGUUGUGCUUUGCAGUUCUCCUUGAGAGAGGACCUGAAGCUGUACAGUACAAUUCUGCCAUGGCAGUGAUGGAGAUUACAACAGUGGCAGAGAAUAAUACUAAAUUGAGGAAAUAUGCAUUCAAGCCUAACUCUCCUGCUUGCAAAGCUGUUGUUGAUCAAGUGCUUAGGAUUAUUGAGAAAGCAGAUUCAGACCUCCUAAUUCCUUGCAUCAAGACGAUUGGGAAUUUGGCAAGGACAUUUCCGACUACAGAGACAAGGAUGAUUGGUCCCUUGGUGAGACUUCUCGACGAAAGAGAGGCAUCAAUUGCCCUUGGGAAAUUCGCCUGCACUGAAAACUACCUUAACCUUGAUCAUUCCAAGGCAAUUGUUAGCGAAGGUGGGGCAAAACACUUGGUUCAGCUUGUAUAUUUUGGAGAACAGAUGGUUCAGAUUCCAGCAUUACUUCUGCUCUCCUACAUCGCAUUGCAUGCGCCAGACAGGGAAGAACUAGCUAUGGCUGAGGUGCUCGGAGUGCUUGAAUGGGCGUCCAAGCAAUCUUCCAUGACACAGGAUGAAACCCUCGAUGAAUUAUUGCAAAAAGCCAAGAGUUGGUUGGAGUUUUAUCAGUCUAGAGGUUCAAGAGGAUUUCAUUAAUUACAUCAAUAGGAAGAAAAUUGUACAUUGUCAUCAUUGUUAAUUUGUAAAGGUUUUUCAGUCCUUUGCAUCUGCUCAGUAAUUCUCCCAGUAUGUAUACAAUCUAUUCAUUUCAAAUGUUCAG